AUGAGCAUAAAUACUAAACUUGACAAGGAUGAAAAAGGAAAACUGAUUGAUAAAAAGCUCUAUAGAGGUAUGAUUGGUAGUCUUUUGUAUCUCACAGCUAGUAAACCGGAUAUUAUAUUUUUUGUAUGUUUAUGUGCACAUUUUCAAUCAUGUCCUAAAGAGUCUCAUUUGCAUGCUGUUAAACGUAUUCUCAAAUACUUGAAUGGUACAUUGCAUUUAGGUCUAUGGUAUCCUAGAAAUGCAUCCUUUGAUUUAUGUUCCUACUCGGAUGCCGACUUUGCUGGAAGCAUCCUUGAUAGGAAGAGUACCUCAGGUACUUGUCAACUCCUAGGACACUCUUUAGUUUCUUGGUGUAGCAAGAAACUAAACUCGUUUGCACUUUCCACGGCCGAAGCCGAAUAUGUAGCUACAGGUCUUUGUUGUAGCCAAAUACUUUGGAUUAAACAACAAUUAAGAGACUUUAAAAUAUCUCUUCAUCACAUACCUAUUAAAUGUGAUAACACAAGUGCAAUCAAUUUGACCAAGAACCCUAUACAACGUUUUAGAACCAAGCAUAUAGACAUUAGACAUCAUUUUAUACGUGAUCAUGUAUUGAACGGUGAUGUUGUUCUUGAGUUUGUUAAUACACAUCACCAAUUAGCUGAUAUCUUUACAAAACCUUUGUGUGAAGAUAGGUUUAAUUUCAUUAAGAGAACAUUAGGCAUGCUUGACAACCUUGAUGCUUGA